CGCCGCCCUCAGACGAAGCUGUUCGGGCAAGAAGCACCGGUCGCGGGGGGGCAGAUGUCCUCCGCGGCGUACGGCGCGGCGGAUGGCGCGAGCGCUGGAGACGGCGGCGACGCCCUCCAGCGCAAGGUGUCGUCGCUCGUCUUUCGAAUGACGACGUCGGUGAACUCGUACAAGAAAGGGAUCGCGAAUCUGGGCUCGAACAAGGACGAUCACGCCUUGCGCGCGUCCUUGAAGACGCAGCGCGAGAGCAUCGCGCAGAUGGCGAAGGAAACGUCGUUCGCGGUGAAGCGAUUGAUGGGGACGGACGGCGGCGGCGGCGAGGGGAGCGCUCAGCACGCGCGAAUGAAGUGCGUGCAAGAUUUCCACGCCGUGCUGAAGGAGUUUCAACGCGCGCAGAGGCUCGCCGCGUCGAAGAGCGGCGGCGGAGGGGCGUUCGCGGGCGCGGAGUCGGCGUCGUCCGCGACGGCGACGGACGACGUCGACGCCGAGCUCGCGGGCGGCGGCGGGUACCGCAUGCAAGAGAAGCAAUCGUUGCUGCAAGAAUCACGACGGCGAGAGAAGGAGCACACCGAGGGGGAGAUGGAGUUCAACGACGCGUUGAUUCAAGAACGCGAACGCGGGAUAUUAGAGAUUCAGCAGCAGAUCGGCGAGGUGAACGAAAUCUUCCAAGACCUCGCGGUGCUCGUGAACGAGCAGGGGAGCAUGAUCGACGACAUCGAAGCGAACAUCGUUAGCACAGCUUCGCGGACUAAGGACGCUCAAAGGGAGCUGUCGAAGGCGGACGCUUCACAAAAGGCAGCGCGAAAUCGAAUGCUGUGCCUCGUCGUGACGAUCGCGAUCGUGUUGACCAUUUUGUUGUUGGUCCUGCUGAAUUGAUGAUGCGACGAUGUAAUGCUAUUCGAUACAUGAACAC